AUGCCGCUCUCGCCCUUCCGCCUCCCCUUCCUCUACCCGGCCCUCCGCCUCUCCCGCCCCGCCGCCACAACCCUCCGCCGCUACCGCCACGGCACCGCCGUCGAGCCCACCCCCACCCCCAUCCCCACCCCCACCCCCGCCGACGACUCCACCGCCGCCCAAAAAGACGACACACAAGCUCCUAACCCGCCCACCACAACCAUCACCUCCUCCCCCAACACCACUGCACCCGCCUCCUCUUCCUUCUCCCCAACGCCCGAUAAUGCAGCCCCAGCAUCACCACCAUCACCCGCCCCCAGCACCACAACCACAACCACCACUCUGGCCCCGGGCGAAUGGACGCACCACUUCGACACCUACAGCCUCGCUGCAUCCCUCACCCGCGCCGGCUUCCGCCCCGCCCAGAGCGUCACAAUCAUGAAAUCCAUCCGCAGCCUCCUGUCCACCAACCUCGAGCUCGCGCGCGCAAACCUCGUCUCCAAGAGCAACGUCGAGAACGAGUCGUACCUCUUCCAUGCCGCGUGCGCCGAGCUGCGCAACGAGAUUGUGCAGACGCGCAAGACGCAGAUUGAUGCGCUGCGCGCGGAGGGGGCCGCUAUCCAGGGGAGCUAUGAUUUGCUGAAUCAGAGGUUCUUGGAGGAUGUCAUGGGGCUGAAGGAUGAGCUGAAUGGGCUGUUUGGGGAUAGGAAGAUGGUGACGAGGGCGGAGCAGAGGGCGAUGGAGAAUAGGAUUCAGGAGCUGAAUUAUAAGAUUAUGGUGCUGUUUAGUUCGGAGGUGAGGAGUGAGAUUGAGAAGUUGAGGUGGACGACGACGAGGAGGGGGUUGAUUGCCAUUGCGGCGUUGGCGGCUUUCGUCGUCACGUCAAUCCGCAUGAGCAACGACGGCGGCAAGAAGGACAAGAAGAAGAGCAGCAGUAGCACCAGCACUGGCGGCGAGAAGCACACGGACAAGGGCGACACCCACGACUUUGAUAGCAGGUUGGUCCCGGCGGACGUGCUGGCCGAGAGUCUUGCGAACCCUGGCCCAGGCACGCGGUCUUCAUCGGGGGCUAGCUUUGUCUCGUUGGGUUAA